CACCGGAAGGCGGAAGCGCGGGCGCGAUGGCGGCGGCGGUGUCGGCGCUCAGCAGUUUGGGGCUGCCCGAGGAUGAUGUCGGGAGCGAGGAGGAGGAGGAGGAGGAGGAAGCGGGGCCCGGGCCGGCGGCGGCGGCGGCGGCGGAGCAGCGGCGGGAGGAGCGGCUGCGGCGCUUCCGGGAGCUGCACAUGAGGCGGUACGAGGCCUGCAAGCUGAACAGCCAGGAGGUGGUGGAGGAGGACAAAAGGCUGAAAUUGCCUCCAAACUGGGAGGCUAAAAAAGCUCGGCUGGAGUGGGAGCUGCAGGUGCAGGAGAAGAAGAAGGAAUGUGCAGCCAGGGGUGAGGACUAUGAGAGGGUGAAGCUGCUGGAGAUCAGUGCUGAGGAUGCUGAGAGGUGGGAGAGGAAGAAGAAGAAGAAAAAUCCUGACCUGGGGUUCUCAGACUACGCGGCGGCGCAGCUGCGCCAGUACCAGCGGCUGACCCGGCAGAUCAAACCCGACCUGGAGCAGUACGAGAAGCUCAAGGAGCAGUAUGGGGAAGCUCUGUACCCCACCUCAGACAGCCUCCUGCACGGCACCCACGUGCCCUCCAAGGACGGCGUGGACAGGAUGGUGGCAGACCUGGAGAAACAGAUCGAGAAGAGGGAGAAGUACAGCCGCAGGCGGCCCUACAACGACGACGCCGACAUCGACUACAUCAACGAGAGGAACGCCAAGUUCAACCAGAAAGCCGAGAGGUUCUACGGGAAAUACACGGCAGAGAUCAAACAGAACCUGGAGAGGGGCACGGCCGUGUGAGCCCGGGGGGCACAGCUGUGCUGCCCUGAUCUCUCCUGCCUCCUCCCUUGCAGUUCUCAGACUGUUUUAAGAGUUUUUAACUUGUAGCAAAAGUAGAUUGUGCCCGUUGCUGUCUGUGCUGGGUGGUGUUUAUUGCACUAGAGGGAAUUUGCAUAAUUGGGCUGGAAAUAGCAGCAGCCAGGUUCUGUCAUUCCUGCUCUAAAUAAACUCUUUGGUCUAAUUUGG